AUCCUGCUCAAUUAACAAAAAUUGAGCACAUGUAAUCUAGAUGCUCUUUGCUGGUGUCGGUAUGAUGCCCCGUCAAGCUCUGAUUGGGCGGCCCUGCAUGUUCAGCUUGUCUCACGACAGCCACUGAGAGAGGGGGCAUUACCGCUGACGAAAGCAGUUUAAGGCUCCCGAUAACUAUUGCCAUAAACUCCGGUGAUAAACCAAAUCCGUCAACUCACCAGUCACGGGAGUGCCCCGACACUCAGCUAGACACAAGACAAGAUGCUAUGCCUUUUUCGUUUCACCCGGCCCACUAUGCCAUGCAGCGCCCUAUCAUGUCUCUGUGGACUUCUACUAUCGUGUGCCGACAUCAACUUCUAGCGUCAACUUCCAGGCCAACAGUGGCCCAGAGGAAUCUAGGCCUUCGCUGCACGCUGUGAUGUUCUCAGACCAUUCUCUCUCAGCCAGCCUCAGUUCACUCUAAUCCAGCAGGGAUACUCGGGGCAUUGACUCCGGAAUAUGAACAUAUCUCCACAUUUUAUGACUAAAGUGCAGACAGCCACAACUAUUUUAACAGGGAAGCUUCUCAGAUUUCUCAGACUUGAAUCUCUCCACACACCGAGACAAAGAACACAUCCCCAUCAACAGCUAUCAUUCCAAAAAGCCCUCAUCCAAAGCAUCAUGGCCUCAGAAACGAACCCAGAGACAAACCCCCCAGUCGAGCCCCAAGCUGAGCCAACAGCAACCGCCGCUCCUGUUACCUGGGAAGGCACCAUCAAGGAUUACUUCCUCCCGAGCGACGUGGAUUGCAUGCUCAACGCUGGUGGCUUCGAUCUGAGCAACAAGGAUGACGUGGCCGACAACGCCACCAAGAUCUAUGUGCGCGUGAAAAACAAGUCUAUGCCGAAGCAAAUGCCCCCCUGGACUCAGCAGAACCCAGACCCGGCGCACCCCCUCUGGACGGACGAAAUGUGCGCCAACUUCAAGACCUGGAUGGAUAACGAGUUUCCAUGAAGGAUGAGAGACAUGGAGAGGAUUCGAGGUGGUGAUGGACUUGUGUUGAAAGGGGUUGGUACAGUCACUUGGAUAGCUUUCAGUCAUUUCAUGUACGAGCAUAAAAGCACAUAAUCCACCUGUAAAGCCAACCCCC